AAGCAGUUCCGCUAAGCAAAAGACUCCUGCUAGUAAAUGUUCGUGGAACUGAUAACAGCGUCAGUUAGGUUUCCUUCCGGAACGAUUUGCUGUUACACACGCGCCGGGGUCAGCUGUGAUCAACCGCCUGAUUUCUACGCGAUUAAUCCUUUAAUCUGGAUUUCUGUUCUGUUUUUGUGAUAUUGCAGGUGAAAGAUGCCUAAGAAAAAGACUGGCGCUCGUAAGAAGGCUGAGAGCCGAAAGGAGCGAGAGAAACAGACUCGAGCCAAUAAAGAGGUUGUUGAUGUGGCCAAACACCCAUGCAAUGCAACCAUGGAAUGUGAUAAGUGUCAAAGGCGACAAAAAAACAGGGCGUUCUGCUAUUUCUGCUCUUCAGUGCAGAAACUUCCCAUGUGUGCACAGUGUGGAAAAACGAAAUGUAUGAAGGCUUCAGACUGUGUCAUAAAACAUCCUGGUGUUCACAGCACUGGAAUGGGCAUGGUGGGGGCCAUAUGUGACUUCUGUGAGGCCUGGGUUUGCCAUGGAAAGAAGUGCUUGAGUACCCAUGCCUGCUCCUGCCCUCUUUCUGACGCAGAUUGCAUUGAGUGUGACCGCAGUGUUUGGGAACAUGGUGGUCGCAUUUUCCACUGCUCUUUUUGCCACAACUUCCUGUGUGAGGAUGAUCAGUUUGAACACCAGGCGAGCUGUCAGGUCCUGGAAGCAGAGACUUAUAAAUGUUUAUCUUGUAAUCGUCUCGGCCAGCAUUCUUGUCUCCGAUGCAAGGCAUGUUUCUGUGACGAUCACGCUCGAAGCAAAGUGUUCAAGCAGGAGAAAGGCAAGGCUCCUCCGUGCCCAAAGUGUGGACAUGAAACUCAGGAGACCAAAGAUCUCAGCAUGUCCACCCGAACACACAAAUUUGGCCGGCAGAGUGGCGGUGACGAGGACGGAUAUGGUGCAUCUGGAUACAGCUCCUACUGGAAAAAUCUGGAAUCUGGUGGGGGAUACAAAGAUGAGGAGGAUAUCGAGGAGGACGAUGACUUUGAUGAUGAUGAUGAUUAUGAAGAGGAGGAAGAUGACGACGACGAUGAUGAGGAGGAGGAAGACGACCCAAAGGUGGAGGACUCGCUCUCAAAUCUGAGUUUGGAAGCAAGUGGAAAGACCCAAUAAAAACACACAAUACGUAGAUGGGAUUCAGAAAUUCAGACAUAGGUGUCAUCUAAGAAUCUGAGCUUUACCGUGUCAGAUAUUUGGCCUUUUACUUAAGGUUUUCUGCAUUGCAUUGAUAUGAAUGUGUGCAUAAAUGUCUGACAUUGUCACCUUUUU